CGGCGGCGGCGGGCGGCGGGCGGCGGGCGGCGGGCGGCGGGUGGGGGCGGGCCUGCGAGCAGGGCUUCUGGCGGCUUUCCAGGUCGGCGCACUAAUACGGGCGAUGAGGCUUCGCGGCUCCAGUCUGACUGACGCCGACUGGGGCCGCCGCUGCCGCCGCCGCCGCUACAGCCGCUGUCUCGGUCGCCGCCGCCGCCGCCGCCGCCGCCGCCGGGCCCUGCAGGCGCUGGGCGCGCUCAGCCAGGCGAGUUGGCCAGCCCAUCCCAGGGCUUAGGAGAAAGUCAACCCACUUUCCAGCCUGCACUGGUCACAGUUACUUCCAGAAGAAAGGGAAGACCUAUGACGUCCCUGGAGAGUUGGUACCUAUGACAUCCCGGGAGGCGUCCUUGCUCACUUCACUUGGGCCCUGCAGGCAGUGAAGGGCCUUGGGUCCAGCUCCUGUUUGUACUGGACGCCUGUGGUCCCUCUCUUAUGCACUCCAGCACCCCCAUCAGCUCCCUCUUCUCCUUCACCAGCCCUGCAGUGAAGAGACUGCUCGGCUGGAAGCAAGGAGAUGAAGAGGAAAAGUGGGCAGAGAAGGCGGUGGACUCAUUAGUGAAGAAGCUAAAGAAGAAGAAAGGAGCCAUGGAUGAGCUGGAGAGGGCGCUCAGCUGCCCAGGGCAACCCAGCAAGUGUGUGACGAUUCCCCGCUCCCUGGAUGGGCGGCUGCAGGUGUCCCACCGCAAGGGUUUGCCCCACGUCAUUUACUGCCGAGUGUGGCGUUGGCCCGAUCUCCAGUCUCACCAUGAGUUGAAGCCACUGGAAUGCUGUGAGUUCCCAUUUGGCUCCAAGCAGAAAGAGGUGUGCAUUAACCCCUACCACUACCGCCGUGUGGAGACGCCAGGUGGGUUUCCUUCAUGGUUCAUUGUAAAAGUUCUGCCUCCCGUGCUCGUGCCCAGACACAGCGAGUACAACCCGCAGCUGAGCCUCCUGGCCAAGUUCCGCAGCGCGUCCCUGCACAGCGAGCCGCUCAUGCCGCACAACGCCACCUACCCCGACUCCUUCCAGCAGCCUCCGUGCCCGGCCUUCCCUCCGUCGCCGGGGCCCCCGUUCCCGCAGUCCCCGUGCACGGCCGGCUACCCUCACUCCCCGGGAAGCCCUUCCGAGCCGGAGAGCCCCUUCCAGCACUCAGAUUUUCGGCCGGUUUGCUACGAGGAGCCGCAGCACUGGUGCUCCGUCGCCUACUAUGAACUGAACAACCGUGUUGGGGAGACGUUCCAGGCUUCCUCCCGAAGUGUGCUUAUUGAUGGAUUCACAGACCCUUCGAAUAACAGGAACAGAUUCUGUCUCGGACUUCUUUCUAAUGUAAACAGAAACUCAACGAUAGAAAAUACCAGAAGACACAUAGGAAAGGGCGUGCACCUGUACUACGUCGGGGGAGAGGUCUACGCCGAGUGCGUGAGUGACAGCAGCAUCUUUGUGCAGAGCCGGAACUGCAACUGUCAGCACGGCUUUCACCCGGCCACCGUCUGCAAGAUCCCCAGCGGCUGCAGCCUCAAGGUCUUCAACAACCAGCUGUUCGCUCAGCUGCUUGCCCAGUCCGUCCACCACGGAUUUGAAGUCGUUUAUGAGUUGACUAAGAUGUGCACCAUCCGGAUGAGUUUUGUCAAGGGUUGGGGAGCCGAGUAUCAUCGCCAGGAUGUCACGAGCACGCCCUGCUGGAUUGAGAUUCACCUUCAUGGACCACUGCAGUGGUUGGACAAAGUUCUGACUCAAAUGGGCUCUCCACACAACCCGAUUUCUUCAGUGUCUUAACAGUCCUGUCUUAAUCCACAUUUCUGUAGGAUAGAUGCUAUUGCAGGCAGUGGCUUAUAUCAUUUCAGAUUUGCAACUAACUGAAGUUUCUAAGUACAUGUGUAAAUACAUAUAAUAUAUACUAUUCACAUUUUGUAUCACCAUUUGUUUUGUGCUUUCUAGUUAACCUGAUGCCAGUACAGUGCAAUUAGAAAAGCAGGGUUUUUGUGCCUACACUGUAAUAAGCAGCAGCUUCUUUUGUGGGAGAGAACAAAUGAGAGGCAACUGUAGGAACAGUAUUUGAAGGGUGUUGGUAGAAUAAAGGCAGCUUUAGUCCACCAUGUCAUGUAAGGCAUGUUGUGUGGCCAAUCUGGAAAAAUAUUAAAACUGUUUACGUAGCAAAAAUCAGGUACUAGCAGCACUAGAGCAAAUAACACUUUAGGACAAAACAAAGCUGUCAAACCCAUAAAAUUUAAAUAACCUCACUGUUAGUGCUACUGGCCAAAAAAAAAAAAAAAAAAAUCAAGCUUGUAAAAUCAGUUACAUAAGGUAAGUCACAUAAACUUUAUUUCUGAAGUUGAAAUACCUAUAGCUGGACUAUUGUGCUGAUAUGAACGGUACAUUUUAAACAGAUUAAACUGUGAUGGGAAAAGAAAGAAACUGUGAAGCUGAGAGUCAUGUUGCCUCAUUAUCUACCACUGUAAAAAAAAUGAAUGAGUCUAAUAUGGGAAGAUAAAUAUGAAAAUAGCAUGAAAGGAGCUAUAUCCCCCAGUUGCAAAAUAAGACCAGAACUUAGUCUGAGAAUCACCCACAGAGAUGCCUGCUUUCCACAUAGGAAAUCUCGGGUUCCUGUUUUCCUGGUGAUUCAUGUCAGGCAGCUCUGCAGAUUUCUGAGUCUGCACAGUGAGCUCUACGGCCAUGUAUGUCAGUCAGUCCUGUAUGCGGAAGCAGUAAAAUAAGAGCAUUGGACAAAAGCACCCUGUUUACUUAUACCUUCUCACAUUCCCACGUUCAAAGUCUCUAGGUGAGGGCAUGCCUUUUGCCACAUUUUCCUCACAUGCUGGCAAAUAUUAACUAUUCACAGAUGACUAAAACAGUGGUGAAGCCUUUGAGAAAAUCUAGACACACCGCUGGGAUCAAAUUUGAGUUAUUUAACUUAGUGUUUCUAUUGAUUAAAUGAUCUGCUGGUCAUAUGUGGUAGCCUCUUCUAAAACUAAAGCUUCAUACCUGGAAAUAACUUCCCAAGUAAGAUAAUAAUUUCACAAUCCCUAUCAUUUCUGAGGAACAGUGGUCCUGAAUAACAGGACAUUUUAAAAAAUGUAUCCACAACAUCAAAACCUGUUCUUAUUUACCCUUGGAUGAUAAAGAGAGGAAAAUUUCCCAAAUUCCUAGGUACUUUCAUAUAUAUAUAAUAAUUCCCACCCACUAAACACUGCAUUGCUUGGAAAAAUAUUUCACACCCUUUUUAAAAUGUGUAAUUUAAGAAGGUAAUUAUGCUUGUAACAGACGGUACUUCAGUGAUCCAGGUUUCUUCAUUUAUACAUUGUCUCAACUCUUUCUAGCAUUAGUGCAUAGUAGUUGUUUCUCAUUAAAUUGUAUUCAAGGUAGGAAUGAUCAUGUGACAAAGAUAUGUGUGUGAGCUACUGCUGUCACCUCUUGUAAUGACUAGUGUCACCUAAUAGAGGCUUCCCCAUAUACAGUAGAAAAUAUUACAUUGUACAUUAAAGCUAGGUGGGCCAUUGAGUGUUUAGCAAACUCCGUAGUAUAUUGGUGCAUCAACUAUGUAUGUGCCUGGCACAGUGUUAGGUACUGUGGAAUCGAAUGUAAACAAGAGACCCGUCCCAGCCCUCUGGAGCUGAAAGUCUUAAGAGUAAAUCUGUUUGUAGAAUCAUCUUCAUGUUUCAAGAACUUUUAAAACAAACCAUGCAAUCUUUCUUAUGCUUGAAAAAAAGUAUAAUUGACUUCUUAAUUAUCUCUAUUUUGAAGCUGAUUUCCCUUCUCUUCUGAGCAAUCAAGUAAUGGUUGAAGACUUCCGUGGAUAAACGCUACUUUUCUUCUGUGUCUCAAAAUUGGGUUUUUCUCCUUUUGCUUCCCUAUUUUCCAAUAAUUCCCCAUCUCCCCUUUUCUUGGAAAAGGCAUUAAUAUGGUGAAGUCAUCCUCAUACAAGUACUGUUGCAUGAAAGAGCAUUAGGUACACGUGGUUUGGGCUCCAGAGAGCAAACAUAGCUUUCUGAAUCUCUCCAUCAGUGGUCAAACUCCUCCUCUGGUAGUCUUAUACCUUUACGGGAUUAAUUGGUACUAGUUGCUUAUAAAUGACAUGAAAAAAUACAUUGAAUUUUCAUGCAGCUUUGGGAAACCAGGACAAAAUAUUCCAGUGAAUCCAAAUUAUUUCUUCAAAAAAUAAAUGAUUAAAGUGGUACGUAUGCGUCAUUACCAGUCCUAUCUCACCAAAAGCCUUUAUUAAGAUACUGUGAAAUUCAGAGAAUUUAGAAUUGAUGAGAAGUUAAUCCUUCAGUCACUGUAAGAGUCACAUUUUAAAUCAGCCUUUUAACAUUUUUGCUGGCAAGAAUUGUUAAAAAUUGUAAUGCAGUAUUUGAUUUCAAACUUCUAAAUGUGCUCAUUUAGCAUUCAUUUCUUGAGAUAGACAAUCCAAAAAAUGUCAUAGCAUUCUUUUAUAGGAUAGUGAGCAAAGUGGACAUGCUAAGCCAUUAAUUGCAUCAGCCAAACAUGUUUAAGGUUGCCAUAGACAAGGAUUGUGCAAUAGAGAAUAACAACAUCUGGCCUGCUCACAAGACCCAGAACAUUUAUGGUGUUGUUCAAGCCUGUUUUUUGUGUUUUUUUAUUAAAAAUUUGAGAUGUGAAAAGUUUGUUUUAGUUAGAUGAUAUUUUAAUACCUGCCAGUGCUUUGGAACUAUUAAGAUGUCACUUCUCAAUACAUUUAUGUUUUGUUAUUCUUUUUUUUACACUCAGUAUAAAUCAGGAGAAGUUGUACAACAACCUAGCAUUUAGAAUUUCCUUUUCAUUGUCUUCCUAGGAACUGAAUACCCCCAUCACAGCAACAAAAGCAUUUUAUAAGUACCACUUGCUAGGCUUUAAGCACCUGCUUAACUUUGAGUAUGUCCUGAAUAUUUGGUAUAUAUAGUCAACAAAUAAAGCAAAAUAUAACAUGCAUUCCAAAUUUCAUCUUUUUCUAUUAAGGAUUUAACAGCUGAACUAUAUGACAAGAUUAGGUGAUCCUGGCAUAUGUUAAGUUCAAAUUAAUGUAAAACAAACCAACAAAAAAGAAACUAUUUCUAUUUAAGUAAUGUUUUUGAUUAUUGUAGCUAGGCUUCAAUUAUCCUUCAAAUGCACACUUACACUGUUACCUGAUUGUUUAUAACACUGUUACCUGAUUGUUUAUAAUAAAGAAUACUGUGCCUAUG